CUUCUCCAUCCCCUUCUUCUCUGAUCGCUAGAUUUAUUUAUUAGCUUUGGCUUUCUCGACCAUCUUCAGGCACUUCUUCUUCUUCUUCUUCUUUUUCAUUUGAUAUGUUUUCUUCUUUUUAUUAAUUUUUGGUUUAUAAUUCACCAAAAAAAAAGUAAAACUUAUUCCACCGAUAUGAUUUUAAAUCUUUAAAUAUUCAAAAUAUUAUUCUCAUAACUUCAACCCUGACUUCACAAAUAUAAAACGAUGAAAUGCAAUAUAACGCAGAGUUCUAUUUCAAUCAUCUCGAUGAAGCAAUCCUAGCCUUUCAUGCAAGAUAAUAACAUGUAUCCUUGCAAAAUCCAUAUCGAGUUAUUUGGCUUUUUGUAUUACGUAUUUGGUGGUGGUAUUUGCUGUAGCUAUGCUAACUGUUUCAAACGUUGUGGACGUCAGGAAUGGGAAAUAUGGGGAAGCGUAGUCGGAAAAUUGUGGCCAGAAUCAUUGGCCGUCUAUGGCGUCUGUUUCGCAGGUGGCUCUUUUUGAUGUUCACCUUUGGCCCCAUGCCGCAACACAUUGCGUUCAUCCUGGAUGGGAAUCGCAGAUACGCCAAGAAACACAACCUCAAGAUGGGCGCCGGUCAUACCGUCGGUUUCAACUCUCUUGUCGCUGUUCUUCGAUACUGCUAUGAGUUGGGCGUGAAGCAGGUAACCGUGUAUGCUUUCAGCAUCGACAACUUCAGGCGGAAACCGGAGGAGGUUAAGGGCCUCAUGGCGUUGAUGAAGGAGAAGAUCGAUGAGUUGUUGGAUGAAGACACCAUCGUACACAAGUUCGGAUUGAGGAUCAACUUCUGGGGAUGCCUGCACAUGUUGAGCGAGCCGGCGAGGGCGGCGGCCGAGAGGGCGAUGGCGGCCACCGCCAAUAACACUGGACCGGUUCUCUCUGUCUGCGUUGCCUACACUUCCACUGACGAGAUCUUGCGUGCCAUCAAAAAAUCGUGCUCGAAAAAGACAGCAGAGGGGUGUCUCAGAUUCACUGGCGAUCCAGUUCGCGACGGUGCAUGCGGUGCCAUCGCUGUGGCUGAUCUGGAAGAGAACCUUGACAGCGCCGAUUGCCCGGACCCUGACAUCCUCAUCAGGACAUCAGGGGAGACUCGGCUCAGUAAUUUUCUGCUGUGGCAGAGCACGUUGACCCUCUUGCAGAACCCGCUUCCUCUAUGGCCUGAGUUCUCGCUGAGAAACCUGAUCUGGGCCAUCCUGGAGUACCAGAGGGUCUACCCUUACUUGGAAGCAAGGAGACGUAGUCUGGCCAAGAAGCAUAACUAAACCUCAUUAUUAUGAUGCAAGUAAU